AUGAGUCACACUGAAGACAAAAGCUGCACUGAUGAUAAUGGCUUCACUGAUGACCAAGCUGCACUGAUAACAAGGGCUCGCCAGAUGAGAAUGGCUCCACAUAUUUCAAGGGCUGCUGUGAUGACAAGGGCUGCGCUGUUGACAAAGGCAGCACUUAUUAUAGGGGCUGAGCAAAUUGCCAAAGGCUGCACUGAAGAACAUGCCAAGAACUACAAUGAUGAAACGGGUUCCAAUGAUGAAAAUAGCCUCACGCAUGACAUGGGCUGCACAGAUGACAAGGGUAUCACUGAUGACAAGGGUAUCACUGAUCACAAGGGCUGCAAUAAUGAUGACAAUGGUCUCACUGAUGACAAGGGCUGCAAUAGCGAUAACAAUGGGCCUAAUGAUGAAAAGGGCUGGAAUGAUGAUGACAAGAGCGCCAAUGAUAACUCGGGCUACAAUGAUGUUGACAAGGACAUCUGUGAUAACAAGGGCUACAAUGAUGAUGCCAACGGCUUCACAGAUUGCAUCGACUGCACAGAUGACAUGGGCUGUAAUGGUGAUGUCAAUGGCCUCAUACCUGACACGAGCCUCACUGAUAACAUGGGCUGUACUGAUAAUACGGGUUGCACUGAUGACAAGGACUGCACUGAUGACAAGGGCUGCACUGAUGACAAUGGCUGCACUUAUGACGAGAGCCUCAAUAAUAACAAGAAGUGCGCUGAUGGCAAUGGCCACAGUGAUGACAUGUGCUGCACUGCUGACAAGCGCCAUGCUCAUGGCAAGGGCCUCACUGAUAAAAAGAGCUACGCCAAUGGCAAAGCGAGUCUUGGUAUGAGCUACGCUGAUGACAACGGGCUUAAGGAUGGCAUGCUCCUGGCUGAUAAUAAGAACCGUUCUGAUAAAAAAUAA